GGAAUUUUUGUUCGUACAAAUGUGAUCACUCAAAAGUAACAGCGUAUUGCUCCUUAGUGAGCAGGCCGAUUUCUCUGAAAGUUACCCAAAAGACUGCUUAAUACACCAAGAUGCCGCCGACAAGCCGUUUGGACAUGUGGGCCGAUAAGACGGCCUGCAGUUUGGUGAAUGUCGACUGCCUACUUCCUACUGGGGUCUUGGUACCAAUUCAAGUCAGAAUUGAAUCAACUCUUGGAGAGAUCAAGACCAAAUUAUGGCGAGAAGCAAGCAGUUUUCCUCUGUUUAAUUUCCUUAAAGAAAGCACUAGCUAUGUAUUUGUUUGUGUUAACUUACAAGGCAAGACAGAAGAGCUAGUUGACGAAAAUCGACAGCUGAUCGAAGCUCGACCUUUUCGUCCUUUGCUAAAGUUGAUUGAACGAAUGGGCGACAGGGAAGAGAAACUUCAAAUGUCUAAAAUCGGUAAUUUACUAGGGAAGAACCUGGAUGAGUACGAACAAAUGCAAAAUGCCGAAGUUGAUGAGUUUAGAAGUCGCUACCGUGUCAUUGUCGAGAGCAUUUCGCGAGAGAGAAGCAUUCUUGACUGGGAGAGCCGAGCAAUGUAUGCCUACCCCCCUGAUGUAGACCCAGAGGGUGCAGCUCCGGAUUUUGUUGAGAAAAACUUGAUGCCUAACCGCAGAUUUCUAGUAAACGUUGCAAUCAGGAACAAUAAGGCUUCUAUAAAAGACUUGCAUGCAUUCAACGUUUCAGCUGAUGCCCUGCCUGAUGAACUUUUAACUCUUGUUUUGAAGAAGCGUGGUGCUAUCAUGGGAGUACAUGAUUUUGACAACCCUAAGGACUAUGUUCUUAAAAUUGUUGGUAAAGAAGUCUAUCUUCUGGGGUGUUAUCCUUUACUUCAGUAUCGGUAUAUCCGUGACUGUAUUGCAAAGCUGGAGAGACCUGCCCUAUCUCUUGUCCAGCGUGCAUCAUUGAAGGUGGAAUUGAAUGUAACUGGCAAAUCAGCACCUGGACCAGAAAACAGACCACCUCCCCCUGUACCUAGCAAAGUGUCUGGACUGUCACUGUGGUCUAUUAAUACUAAUUUUAGAGUGAAAAUUGCUUCAGCAUUCAAUGUCAACAUCAUUGAACACAUGAAGGUUAGUGCAGUGGUUUUCAUAGUGAAGUCUGUAUCUUACCUCAAGUGGUCUAUUUGGAUUUGA